AUGCUCAGGACACACAGACUGAAAAUACUACACUGCUCAUCUGCUAAUGGGUCUGAUGGGUACAGUAGACCUGUGCAAAAGUGGACACACAAAAGUGCAGAUAGAAGAGUUAAAGAUGAUGAGAAGCUCACCAUUGAGCCUGAAGAAAUGGCAGCAGACACUUCCAAAACAGAAAUGCAGAAGAGGAGGAGGAGGAGAGAAGUGUACGGGACAGAAGAUUCAAGAAGAAUGGAGUGCGUGAAAACGACAGAAAGCCAGAGCCGGUUUGCAGGAAUUGCAGAGACGAUUGGAGUCCUACUAGAGUGUAAUCAUGUCUAUUCCUAUAAUGGAGGGGCUGUCAUGGCCAUGAAGGGGAAGAACUGUGUGGCCAUCGCUGUGGACAGGCAUUUCGGAAUCCAGGCCCAGAUGGUGACCACGGACUUUCAGAAGAUCUUUCCCUUGGGUGACAGGCUCUUAGGCCUGGCUGGGCUGGCUACUGUCGUCCAGACAGUUGCCCAGAGCCUCAAAUUCCGGCUGAACCUGUAUGAGCUAAAGGAAGGUCGACAGAUCAAGCCUUACACCCUCAUGAGCAUGGUGGCCAACCUCUUGUAUGGGAAAUGGUUUAGUCCCUACAACACAGAGCCUAUCAUUGCUGAUUUGGACCUGAAGACCUUUAAGUCCUUCAUUUGCUCUCUAGACCUCAUUGGCUGCCCCAUGGUGAUUGAUGACUUUGUAGUUAGAGGUACCUGCUCCGAACAGAUGUAUGGGAUGUGCGAGUCUCUCUGGGAGCCCAACAUGGAUCCAGAAUACCUGUUUGAAACCAUUUCCCAAGCCAUGCUGAAUGCUGUGGACCAGUAUGCCAUGUCCGGCAUGGGUGUCAUUAUUCACAUCAUUGAAAAAGACAAGAUCUCCACCAGGACACUGAAGGCUCGGAUGGACUGACCCCAUGCUCUGGUC